UGUAUCCCUACAACCACUCAAUAAACUACAUAGAAAGUUAACAAAAGGAUCUAUCUGUGUAUGAGAAUCUCCGUCAAUGUUUCACAUGUCCUUUAGGGAAAAAAUUUAGUUCGAUUCUUCUUCUCAAAAAUUUGGAUAUUUCAGCCUGGCAGUUUUUCAAACUUCCAAACUUUGCCGGGUAACUUGAGUCGCUUUUCUCAUGUUGGUGCACGUUCCAAAGCUUUUUAUUUGUAACACUAGCGAUACAGUAAGAUAGAAACGACGGUCUUAAAUCAUUAAUUAAUUGAUUGGUUGGUUUGGUACUUUUGAUUGGGCAGUUGCAGUUAGUUGGAAGCUAAUUGGAUGAUUCAGAGUCUAGUAAUUGAGCCGAGAAUUUUCUAAUCCUCGAUUAGUUGGGUAUGUAUACUCAUCUAAUUGGUGUAUUCACUCUAGCGGCAAUUCCAACCGAAUGAUCGAGUUUCGCAUUGCAUUAUUGUGGUUUCGGUACCGAGUUUCCCUAUUUUUGGGUUUCCCCCAAAGUCGUAAGAAAUAUGGUUUUCCCCAAAGUUCGAGAAAAUUUCGGUGUUUUUGUGUCAUCUACCUAAAGUUUUCUAUUGCAGUUCCCCCAAAAUUUAUCAAAAAACGGACAAAAUUUCCCCCAAAAUAACAAGGUUGGGUAGUCGACUUGUCUCACUAUAAUUUUAGUCCAGUUCAUUUACGCAACAUGACUUGCAGCUUAUCUAAAAUUUCUAGAAGUUCACACAAGAUUUUCUUUUAUCCCUAGCGUCUCAUUUUUUCGCCUUUACUUCUACUACAAAACAAAAAUUUUGACACAGGAUACUAGAUUUAGAUCUGCUUGAUAGAAUACAUUUACUAGGAACGGAAUCGUUGUUUGCAAGGAGAUUAACAGUCGGUUUACUGUCACACAUCAUUAUAAAUGUAAAUUUUGAUUGUCGUUGACGAAGUCAUAGUUGACGAUGAAUGCGUUAUUCGCUAAAAAUGUGUCCUAAUUUCAAACUCCGUAUGAACACGCGUACUCUCACUACACAAGUUUAAUUUGUAUCAGCGUAACACACGUGCGGAAGUAGGUACGUAGAUAAGUGAUGGUUUGUCAGGAAUUUCUGGCUACAGUACAAACACUUCCAGGGCACUAUAAUGCCUCUCUACUACAUCAAUGUCAGCCAGUCAUCUACAACGUAGGACCAGGCAUAUAUAUUCAUCAGUCCAAGUUGCCAUACCUUAUUAGUACAAGAUAAACACAAAAUUCAUAGUAGUUACUUCAAUGGUGGUAAUAUAUAGAAGGAGGAUUGCAUAUAAAGAUAUAGUGCAAAAAGAAAGAAUUAGUUGGUAGAAAGAAAGGUAUGAAGUAAUUUUAAUCACAGUUUAAGGGGAGACAGAGAGUGUAUACACCUGCACCAUCGUGAUCGAUUUCGAGCCAUAUCACUCAGUCUCCAACCAGUGGUUACGAUAGUUGCACUGACCCCAACCAGGUAGUCUGCAUCCACCAACAUGGCUAAGACUAGAAUUUUGACUUCAAGGGCUGAUGCCAUGUUUUGGUUUGGCCUCCCCUAACUUUCUUCCAACUGUCUCUAACACUAGUUAACAUUAUGCAUCAUGACUAUCGGUGUUCAGGCAUAUGCAACACGUGACCCAAACAUCUCAGUCGACGAAAAUUUACAACCUCCUUAACUGAUUUACCGUCAUUCCCUGAUGCCUUACGUAUAACCUCAGCAUUACUUACUCGGUGAUCACAGCAGAUGCAAGCAAUAUUUCUAAGACAUCUGUGACCAAAUAGUAGUAACUUACGAGUAUCUUCUACUCUUAAUGGCCAAGUUUCGCAGUCGUAAAGUAGAACAGAACUGCUGCGAAGUAUACUCGCCCCGACUGUUUCUGCUACUUUGAAGUGGUGGUCGGGCUUGCCUAUUGUGAUGAACCAAUCGAGCUAUACUGGCCGGAACAAUCGUUCCUCAAGGUCCUACCAUACCAGACAAGUCUGUUGAAGAGCGCUAAGGCUAAAAGCAACAAACCCAAGGUCCGAAGGCGAAGUCGUACUGCUGACUGUACAGAGGUGUGACAGCAGUAAGGUGUUUCCUUCAGAUAACUGGCAUAACAGCGAUGCUGCCUUCCUACAAGGAGGGGUGGGGUUAGAAAAGGUCGACUCUAGGGAUGCACAUCUCAACAAGUGUGGAGCUAACAUGAAAAUUACCCACAAAAUGGUGUGUGACCGACCUCAAGCAGUUGUACCUUGGGCACUGUGAUCACGCUCUCAGGUCACUAAGAUCCCCUCUAACCCAAUUUCCUUUUCAGCUACCUCUAGAAGGACCCUUCCACAGUGUGGGCGACCGGGAAGUGAUAACCGCCAUCACACCUCUAACAGCAUUCAAGAUCACAGUAUUCAUAAUCAAUCUCCUUUAAUUGACAGACAGAUAUCUCGGCUUCAAAAUAGGUGAUGUAAGUUGGCAAAAAGCAAACGAGGUUUCUGAAUCCGCGCACAGAUUUCAUCAGACACCGACCCAUGAGGACUGAUCAGACUUCCAAGAUAAGUGAAGUUGUCGACGCGUUCGACUACUUCACUCCCUAUCCUUAGUUCAGGUGUUGACGCAGACCAAUCCUGAAGUAACAACUUGCAUUUAAAGGGAGAGAAGCGCAUUCAAAACAUUCUGGCAUUGUUGCUCAGUGCUACCAGAAGACUCUACAUCUUAUCACCAUCCUCACCAAACAGGGCUAUAUCAUCUGCGUAUUCUAAGUCGAUAAGUGGAUCUCUUGGGAGGAGAUCAAUGUCCGAGAACUCAGUCGACGAGAACGUUGUCUCCCGCAGUAUGUCUACGAUGAAAUUGAACAAAAAUGGAGAUAGUGGACAACCUUGACGGACACCACUUGACGUCGCAAAAUCAUAUGACAGUUCUCCAUAAGCUAUGACUCGACUAGUAGUGUUUGAGUAAAGAGCCUUCACAAGGUCUACGUAUUUAUGAGGUACUUCUAAGUACACUUCUGAUGACCGUUACAUGUCAAUACAUUCUACAUGACUACUGAUUUAUCUGCUGUUAUGCUCUUUCGUUACUGGCCAAAUGAGCUGUCACAGAUAUACCAGACAGAAGAGUUUUUCUCGACAAUUCUAUUUUCAAAAGCUGUGAUAGAAUCAUAUUUGUAUGGGUUUAUUGAGAUUCACAUUAGCUCACUGAGGUUAAAAGGUCAGUGGCUUGUGUCAGUUCUUUUACUACUAAGUUUCUGUGAGUAUCUAGUCCUCUCUUGAAUGAAUCAACUGAAGAUGCGGAAAAUACUCCUAGUAGUGUGUCUCAAGAGUUAAUUACUCGGUGACAAAACCCUUAUACCAAUAGGGAUUUUGUUCCUUGUUGGUUUUUAAACUCUUCUGCUAUGUCCCAGUUAAUCUCACCUAGUUUUAAGCAAAAGAGAGAGUAUAUUAGGUCCAAAAUCAUUUCUUAGUUUUCUGAACAUAAAUAUUAGAUCACUUCUUAAUCAGCUGUAGGGCAGAGUAAGAAUGUAUAACUUCUGAAGAUGCGCUUUGUGUAUUUAAUUGCACAGAUAGUUGUUCUCUGUAAUUUUCUCCAAGUUAUCAGGGGCUUGCAGUGUGAACGCAGUUUUCAAGUUUUGAUCUUACCAAUGUUGUGAAGAAGUUCUUCAUCAUACAUAAAAUGAAUUGGAAUCAAGGCUUAGAGUUUGUAAUGAUGGGCAAAAUAGAUUAUUGACAAAUAAAUAAAUCAUGAAGCUGAAUAGAAUUCAUGGGAUAUAUGACAGAAUAAGGGUCAAGAAUGCAACCAUAGUAUGAGAGGUUUUCAUGUGAUUUUAAACUGGUGGGUCAUCAUAAUUCAGUCAGUCAGUUAGUAACAACGUAGAACUUCGUACGUACUUACAUCAGUUCGAGUUGAUAAGGAUCGAUAAAAAAUGACUCUGGAAUAAUAACAUUGUAAUGGUUGUUAGUGAAAUAUAUUCAAAUCUAAAAAAAUGGAGAUAACACAACGUGUGAAUUCAAGAUAAAAUCAGUAACAAACACAAUAAAGUUUUAAACUAAUACACAAAGAAAAAUACAGACAGAAAAGAACCUGUUCAUAACAUUCAUUUCCCUAUAUACGUAUGAUGAUGAUUGUACAUGCCUUGAGAAUAAAACUGUCUAAAAGAAAAUUUUCUCUAAAUUAAAAGUUACAUCAGGUAACAUUGAAUAUUUUGUUCUGCAAACGAAUAUUAUAUCAAAAGUACUCGGCCUAUGAAUGUUUUUGAUAUGGUUUAUAAAGUAAAAGGUAUGCUUACUCUGAGAGUAAAUGUCUUUAAAAAAUUACUUGCAUAUUUUGGAACGAUUGAAUGAGCGGUGGUGGGUUACUAAACGUAGGUGGCGAAUUGAUUAAUGAGGUUGUAAAUCAUGAUUGACUGAAAUGUUUGAGACUUGUCUUACUUCAUGCCUUCCACAUGCAGUGUUGCCUGAUGUAGGAGUAAGUUGUAAGUAAACUAGAGGCGGUCAGACUGAAACGUGUGAUCAGUCUACGUAGUCAUUGACUAUCGAUCUGAGCCAUGUUUAUGGAUGCAGACUACCUGAUUAGGUGAGGUCCGUGUGAUAACAACGAUCAGUUAGUGGAGACAUGUGAUAUGGCUCCUAGUUGGUUACAACGAUACAAAUACAUUUACACUUUAUCUUACUCUAGAUCUUCAGUUGCAGCAUUCCUUCAUGUAAACCUCAGUUUGUCUUCUCGAAAUAUAUUUUCAGUGUUUAGUUUUUGUCAUUGCUGUUGUCGCUACAAUUACUGGGACUCCUUCGCCAUUCGUCUGGUUGAUUUCUUAUUUCAUUUUGAUGUCGUGUGACAACGCACGUCUUUUCAUGACUAAGAUAGUCAUGACUCACUGACUGGUUCAUCCACAUAAUAUCAGAUGACGUACUAAAAACUUGUCUACCAUCUGAUUUAGCUCGAUUAAUUGUGAGGGCUAUUAAAACCUUGUCAGAAAAAGUAAUACCUUUGACUGAAUAGUUCCAAGUUGAGCGCCUAAAAAAAUCAAGCUACAGAUUUAUUCUUUAUGCUAAAGAACAGCUUAUUCUACUACUUAACAGUUUUAAUUUGUACAUCUUUAGAACUCCGUAGAAUGUAAUCAUAAAUUUCAUCAUUAAGUAACAUAUAUUGUUUACUUGUCAUCUGAGCUGUUCAUUUUAAGUUAAUGGACAUUAUAUUGGUUUCUAAUAAAUGUAUUUGAAUACAUCCAAUCAUGGUUGCAGUGAUGUCUAUAAUUACACCAUUGGAACGAAAUGAAGCCAGGUGGUUAUCAUCAAAUUUAGUUUUAUGAUGUAAAACGUGGCAUCAGUGCUUGACGUCACUAACUUUUGAUCUGAGCCAUGUUGGUAGAUACAGACUACUUGGUUGGGGGUCCGCGUGACUAUCGUAACCAAUGGUUGGAGACUCUUGAUGACAUGGCUUAGAAUCGAUCACAAUGGCGUCGAUGUAUACACUCUAUGUCUUCCCUUAAACUAUGAGAUUAAAAUCACUUCAUAUCUUUCUUACUAUGAACUAAUUCUUUCUUCCUGUACUAUAUCCUUAUAUGCAAUCUUUCUUUUAUAUAUUACAACCACUGAACUAACUAAUUCUAUGAAUCCGGUGUUCAUGUUGUUGUGUUAAUGAGGUAUGGCAACUUGGACCGAUGCAUAUAUAUGCCUGGUCCUACGUUUUAGUUGACUAACUGAUUUUUAUAAUAUAUUUUCUAAAGUAAAUUGAUGUUUCAUCUUUGAAAUUUUAUUUUAGAAAUUUGCUUAUUAGAUGGCUACUGUGAUUAAUAUCACAGAUAAACAUCAUCUUGAACAAAUUUUACAACAGGCAAAUAAUGUAACAAAUGGUCCAAGCAUUGUAGUAAUGGAUUUUUAUGCUUCAUGGUGUCGUCCUUGUUCAGAUAUAGCUCCUGUCUUUCAAGAAUUAAGCAUCAAGUAUAAAAAUAUGAAAUUUGUUAAAAUUGAUGUUGAUAAACUUGAGGACGUUGCACAACGUUACAAUGUCAGAUCAUUACCUACGUUUAUAUUUCUACGUGGAGCUGAACAAAUUGAUCGGAUUACCGGUGGAGUUCCACAAAAGUUAAGAGAUAAAGUACAAGAACUUGCUCUCUCUGGAUCAGACUCUCAUGAAAGUGGCUCAAAUAAAAGCCCACAGUCUUCUAAACAAUAUGAUAUGGAUAUAUUAUUGUCAAAAAAUCAAUGUGAAUGUUUAAAUGAAGAUGAUACACAUUCACUUGCUCAAUUAUUAAAUUCCUCUGAAAAUAAUAAUUCCAAGGCAUAUUUACUGUCAGAUACAGAUGAACAGCUCAUUAUAUACAUUACAUUCUCACAAUUUGUUCGUAUUCAAUCUGUACAGAUUAAUGGACCUAAAGAGAAUGCACCAAAAACAGUAAAACUAUUUGUUAAUCAAACAUCAACACCUGAUUUUGAUAGUUGUGAAAUUGGUGAAGCUGUACAAACAUUAGAAUUAACAGAAGAGGAUAUUAAACAUGGUGGAAUAACACAAUUGAAUUUUGUAAAAUUUCAGAAUGUUAGUACACUUACAAUUUUUGUGAAAAAUAAUCAAACCUCAACUGAUCAAACUCGAAUUGAUACAUUAAAAUUCUAUGGUUAUCCAGUGAAUACAAUCAAUAUGAAUGAAUUUAAAAGGGUCUCUGGGAAGAAAGGUGAAGCCCACGGUUAACCUAUUACCAAAAUAAAAACUAUACUUCAUUAUCAUUAUUGGAAAAAACUAUCUGGGAAAAUGUAAACAAUUAUACAAAUGUAUUCCUGCUCACUUCUUUUAUCUUUUUGUGUGUAUGUGUGUUUGAACAUUCUAAAUGCAUGAUUAACUCGUUAAUUUCUCUUUUUAUUCUACCACCUUGUAACUUGAAUUCUUGGUUGUUUUUUUUUAAAAAAUAUACAGUAACCUUGAAGUGGAUUAUA